AAUCUUUACCUCAAGUGUGGAGGGGUUAAACUGCAAUUUAUCGUUACAGUUACCCUUCUUCCUCAUUUUUUACCACCCUGCAAAACAAUAUUUGCAGUAAAAAAUUGUUGAAGGCAAUUUUUACCCCAUCUCCUCUGGAAUAUUUUCACCUUUUGAUCAUAUAUGGUCAUGAUCUGAGGUGAAGUUGAAAGGUUCCUCCUUGUUCAGAAGGCAGGGGUGGACUUUCAGCCAAGAGGAGUGCAUUGUUGUAGAGGAUAAUGGGGACCAAAAUGAAGGGCCUUCUGAAAGGCCUCAAGCAAAUUUCUAACAAAUUUGACAACAAAGGAGAAGAAAUUCAGAUUGGCUUACCAACAGAUGUAAAACAUGUGGCUCAUAUAGGGUGGGAUGGACCAUCUUCACUUGAAUCUCCAAGCUGGAUGAAGGAGUUCAAGGGAGGGGCUGCUCAAUCAGAACCCUUAGAUUUCUCAGCACCACCUGCAGAGGAUUCCGAAAAGAAAUGGGUUUCUCAAGAUUCAUCAAGAAAGAAGAGCAUAAAAUCUAGAAACCUGCCAGAAUUGCCAAAAUCAUCGCGGCGCCAGUUCUCAGAAAGCCCUGCAACAAGUCCGACUCCAUCAAGAGAUCCAUCCAAGUCCAGGAACCCGAGGAGACACCCACGGAAGGAGUCUGAUGAAAGUAGCAGAGGCAAUCGACGAAGCAAAGAGCUGAGCCCUGAUGCACCAGACCAGGGGGAUGUUCCAAAGAAAACAAGGCGCAAGAAACCUAAAGACUCAUCUGCUCACAGGUCACCAAAACCUAAAGACCAAGACAAUGAGCCGGCUGUUGAUGGCUCAUCGCAAGAGAGUCUCCCUUCAAACACAGUCUCCGACCCAUUCUCUGAACCUGGAUCGGUUGACAUUGAUUCAAAACCAAUGGCAGCUGGCGCUGAGCUUCUACCAGCUUCCAAGCUCCAAUCUUUCGUACCAGAGGUGCAGAAGCCCAACGUCGAGGUGGCUUGACAGGUUCUUGUUCAUUUUUGCCUGCGAAAUCUUGUAGCUAGUGUUACAAUUACUCAGCCAAUGAGUAGAACAAUCAUCUUUUUUUCCUUUCCAUGCAAAUUGUAAUACCAUUGGCUAGAAGAACAAGCCACAUUAUCUGAGUUGCAUAUAAUGUAAAGGUGUUAACAUUCCUCUGUUUUUUUUUUAUUAUAUAGCAAAUUCUAGUAGGAGAUUAGCAGAG